AUAUAUAUAUUCGUUUCGAACAAGAUGACGGCAUGACAUGUAGGUUCUAGUAGAAUAUAAUUGAUCACCAACACCCUGGUGUGCUUUCUUUACAGUUAAUACAAUUUCGAAGACAAUUGUCUUUUCAAUAGGAAGUAUGUAUAGUAAAAAUAAGGGGUUUAAAUAGCAAUGUCGUAUAACAUUUACCAAAAUAGAAGGAUCGCAGUGUUCUCCCUCCUCCUCUUCUUCUCUCCUUCUGUGAAUUAUUUCCCUUCAAAGGUCUACAAAGAUGCUCUCCAUCGGCCGAUCGAGUCAUUUGUAACUCCAUCAAUGGCUGCUAUGCUGCGUAAAUUGAAGAAAUUUCUCUCAUUCUGGUCCACCUCCAAAGCUGAUCCCAAUCGCGCUCAAGACACCGCCGAACCCGACGAUAACGUCGGUUCAUCCGUGUUGCGCCGCGCACGUUCAUCGGCUUCCACUUCCUCCUUCACAUCUCGCCUCUCCCGCAGCUUCAGCCACCUGCCCUCUAAGAAAACAUGUGUUAUAUGCUUGAGGACCCUUAGAUCAGGACAUGGCGAAGCUAUUUUCACCGCUGAGUGUUCCCACACAUACCACUUCAAUUGCAUCAUGGAGAACAUUGUACAUGGAAAUCUCCGGUGUCCCAUUUGUCGAGCUGAAUGGAAAGAGAUCCCGUUUCAAGCCACUUCUAAUGUGCCCGACCUGCGACAAAAUAACUUUGGGCGGGCUAGAGUGUCUCCCUAUAAUGGCUCUCCUGUAGAUGUCUAUGCUUUUGGAUCCUGUCAUGACCCAUUACCAUCAAAUCCACCCCACCUAGAGCCUGAUAUCUUCUCAGAUGAUGAAGCACUCCCAACUAUCACUGCAGCCCCUGACUCAAGCUGCAACUCUCGGUCUAUUACUCUUAAGGCCUUUCCAGAAUAUGAAGCUGUUUCUACUUCAGAUUUUGUAUCUAAGUUUGCUGUUCUUGUGCGUGUUACGGCACCACCACUUCACAAUGAUGCUCAGUGCCUCAAUCGUGCACCCGUUGACCUUGUCUUGGUGCUGGACCUUAGUGGCAGCAUGAGUAGCAAGCUUUCACUUCUCAGGCAGGCAGUCCACUUCAUUAUACAAAAUUUGGGCCCUUCAGAUCGACUUUCACUUGUGACAUUCUCUUCAACAGCUAAAAGAAUUGUGCCCCUCCGAAGAAUGUAUGACUCUGGCCGUGAAGAUGCCAUUAAUGCAGUAAAUUGUCUUUUUUGCUGUGGGGGUACUAAUAUUGUUGAAGGACUCAAGAAAGGGAUUCGGGUUCUGGAAGAAAGGCGUGAACGCAAUCCAGUUGCAAGCAUUACCCUCUUGUCUGAUGGGAAGGACACAUACUCCCUUAGUUCCAAAAACCAAUGCAACAGUGAGCAUAAUCCGGAUUCUUCAAAUCCAAGUCAGAAAUUGGAUUAUGUGAAACUAUUGCUUGCUUCCAUUUGUUGCAGCAACGCAGCAUCCAGAGAUGAGCCCCAACAACCAAUAAUCCCAGUUCACACUUUUGGUUUUGGUUCUCAACAUGAUUCCACCACAAUGCAUGCUAUAGCCGAUGCAUCGGGUGGCACAUUUUCUUUUAUUGAGUCCAUUGACAUAUUACAAGAUGCUUUUGCAAGAUGCAUUGGUGGCUUGCUCAGUGUUGUGGCUCAAGACCUCAGAAUCACAAUCAAGUCUGUAGCACCUGGAGUUAACCUUGGAUCUAUACCUUCUAUUCCUGUAUCUUCUGAUGUUGAAGGCGAGCAAAGGUCAAAACCCUUGUCUUUGCUGGAUUUGUGUUGUUCACACAAAAGUUGUGUGUCCAUGGAGACGGUACAGGUGGAAGGUGAGAGAGUUCAUAUAUUGCGACCUGCGUUUUUAUCUCCUAUGGACAAGGUAGUAUGCUUGGAGGUUGAUCGGCAGAAAAAUCGUCUCUUGGUGGCGGAAGCUAUUGCAAAUGCACAAGCAAUGGCUGAAUUGAGAGAUUUAAAUGGUGCUCAGGCUAUGCUGGCAGAGCAGAGAUCAGCCCUAUCAACUUCAGCAUCAGCCCAAGCAGGGGAUGCUCUCUGCAAUUGGCUUGAAGCUGAGCUACGAGAAAUUCAAGAAAGGAUGACAAGUGUCCAAUUGUAUGAGCAAACAGGGCGUGCAUAUGCACUUUCAGGGUUGAGCUCACACUCCAGGCAGCGAGCCACAACUAGGGGUCAGACGGACUCAAAUACAAACACAACAACAAGCUAUGAAACACCGUCUAUGGUUAGCAUGGUGUCAAAGUCACAGGUUCUCAACCUUGCACAUGGUGCGCAACCACGUCUACUUAACAAGUCCAGCAGCUUGAGUCAAACGUGCUAGAUAAAGGUUUAAUUUCACCUGAGUCGGCCAAUUUUUUCGUUGGGGAAUUUAACAUGGGGCAGAGGGGUUCAAUUCAAUCACAGUUAGCCUUUUGCUCUUUUUAAGCUGGUUAUUUACUGCUUUUAAUGUUGAUUCUUUUGGGGUGGUUUAUAUUGUGCCUAGGUUGAAUAUUACCAGAAAAUGUUAUUUGGUCUGUGCAAGGAGAAUCAACUCAAAGCUUCAUACAAUUGUGGGGAUCUUUACGACUUAUAGCCGACUGUUUUGGGUUCAAUCCAUUCUUGGGUGAAAUGAAAUAAAUGCGGAUAGUUUACC